ACUAUUUCAGGGAGAGAGCUCUUGCAGGGAGAAUGACGUGUUUCGGUUUGUGAGUGAGAACUACUUUGUGAAGGGAUAUCAUACAACUGGGGAAACUCUGUUCUUCGAUCCAACCGAAGAAGGAAAGUUAUGGAGUGGAGAAAGCUGCUCCUCUUCUGUGCAUGUCUCCUCUUCCUUCAAGUUGCCAUGGGCAAUUUUGCCAACGCCUUACUGCAAGAAGAAGAUCAUUUAGAACCAACGCGUAAACGGUGUCUCAUUCCUCUAUGCUGCUGCAAGCCCAAUACUUGGUGGUGCUCCUUCAAGCACACGUGUUGCUGUUAACAAGGACCUUCAAGAAGACGUCCACAAGUCGACAAUUAGACCCAUAUCAUGUCAAUGUCCAAAUUCUGAUCUUCUACUUAUAGGAUAACUGCAAUAAACUGCAAAUGUAGAUAAUCAUCUUGACAGCUGGACAAGAUCACCACUACACCGAGUAGUAUAUACUUGAAGUAACAAUGGAUCUGAUCGAUAUAGGAUUGAUUAGUUGCUCAGAUGCUGUAAUUUGAAAUGAGGUGAGAUUGUAGCACACUCUCCUGUGCUGGUGUGAAUAAACUGCACACUGCAGUUUAUUCGACGUCUGUGCAGUGCACAGACGUCAUUAGAGAUGUGUAGGACCUUCCACGCCAUACAUCAGAGCUUGAAUACAAUACAUAUUUGAGACUUGUUCAAGUGUCUAAUUUGGUAGGCUUGAUGUGAUGGUAUCUUCUUCUCC